ACAACUACCACUACAACUACCACUACCACUACCACUACAACAACAACUACCGCUACAACUACCACUACAACUACCACUACAACCACAACUACAACUACCACUACAACUACCACAACAACUACCACUACAACAACCACUACUACAACUACAACUACCAAGACAACUACCACUAAAACUACUGCCACAACGACCGCUACAACUACCACUACAACUACAGCUACAACUACCGCUACAACAACCACUACCAUUUCCGCUACAACUACCACGACCGCUACAACUACCACUACAACUAUCACUACCACUACAACAACCGCUACAACAACCACUACAGCUAAAGCUACCGCUACAACUACAACUACCGCUACCGCUACAACUACCACUACAACUACCGCUACAACUACCGCUACAACAACCACUACAACUACCACUAUCGCUACAACUACCACUAACACUACAACUAUCACUACAACUACCACUACAACUACC